CCCUCUCGUCCCGCAGGCAGCUCCACUCCUCCGCUCCAGCGGCCACGGCCACAUCCCCGCUGUAAGCUGGCGUCCUCUUGCAUGGAGAUUUAAAGGGAACUUUGCCACCGUCCUCUGGGGUCCGUGCGCGGGGGGCGCCAUGGCCAGCCCGAGCGAGCAACAGGAUUAUUUCCGAUCGGUUAGCAACGAGUCCGCCACCUACAUGAUGGUUCCGGCCGCCGCCGGGGGGAGGCGGGAAACGCCGUCCAAGAUGUGGGUGGCCCUGGUGGUGGCGGUGGUGGUGGUGCUGCAGGUGGCCUCCACCACGGGGCUCUUCGUCUACCUGAACAUGUCCAUCUCCCAGGUGCGCAGUCAGGGAGUGACGGAGGAGCUCAAAUGUCUGAGCUUGCUCAACGCUCUGGACCAGGACAUCCCGGAGCAGCUGGCCCAGCUGCUGGGAGAGCCUUGCAUCAAGCUGGCCGAGGGAAUCAAGGCCUACAUCUCCAAGGUGACUGAGAACAUCAUCUCCAAGCAAACCUUUAUGGUGGCCAGGACCAUGCCUCGCUCUUUCAACAACUCCGGGUCCAAGUUCCUGAGCUCAGUCGUGCAAAGGCCUUCGGCCCACUUGACUCUGCGAGACACCGCUUCGCAAGGGUACCCUCAGCUGGGACUGCACCAGUCCUGCCGCCACGUGGUGCGCUCGUGGGCCAACCGCAGUUUGGGUGCCCACCUGCACAACAUGACCUUGAGCAACGGAAGGCUGCGAGUUCCCCAGGACGGCCGCUACUACCUGUACUCGCAGGUCUACUUCCGCUACCCGUCGCCUGCCAGCGGAGACACGGAUCAGCGCAGUGUCAGCCACCAGUUGGUGCAGUGCGUCUACAAGAAGACCUCCUACCCGAGCCCGAUACAGCUUCUCAAGGGGGUCGGCACCAAGUGCUGGGCGCCCGAGGCAGAGUACGCUCUCCACUCAGUGUACCAAGGGGGACUCUUUGAGCUAAGGGCCGGCGACGAACUCUUUGUCUCAGUCUCGUCGCCCACUAUGCUCAACGCCGACGAUUCCUCCAGCUAUUUUGGAGCCUUCAGACUGGACCUCUGAGCGGUGGAGUCUGCAGAACCCGCUAGACGGAAAAGGACAGAGGCUGGGCCGAAGGUUGACUUUCCCGGUUUGCUCGGAAGGAUAUGCGGAACCGCUCGACAAGCGAGGAAAUCGCCGUGCAUAAAAGGAGGGAGAAAGUCCCAACAACCUUUUUGAGCCAAAGCAAACCAGAAGACGUGAGGCUGCUGAUGAACGUGUUUUGAUCCUCUGGGAAGGAUUGAUUUUUUUGCGGAGCAAUCACGAAUCUGCUGCCGGUCUUGCCAGGGGAUCCUUAGAUAUGAACUCCAGACCAAAGAAUGUACAGACAAUAAAACAUUGAAGGAAAGUGGAGCAGAAAUCCAAGCCGGGACAAAUGUGUUCAUACAUAUCAGUGAAGGGAGGUGAUUUCAAAAGUCAUCAAUGUGUUCUUUUUACUUUUUACAAUUUAAGGCCACUUGUGCUGCUCACUGAGAACUUAAGGGACAGUGAGGAGGAAGAGGGGGGGUAGCGCAGACUGAGGCAGAUGACGAAGGGAGGGGGGCUAGGUUGAGACUCACCAGCAGCCGGACCAGUUUAGCUUCAUCUCUUUUUCCACAUGUAAAUAGCACAAUGCCAAUGAUGAAAAUCCGAAAUCUGGUCUUUCCUGCCAAACCUGCAAAUCUCAAUGUGGAACAUUUGCACAAAAGUUCUGCUCACGUUUACAGUUCAUACACUAAUCGAACUUUUGGACAAUGUCCAGUACUCAAUUAAAAAAAAAAAAGGUUUUCAAAGGAAAUGAUGUGAGAGCGUUUAAAGUGUGGAUGAAAAGUUUCAGGGGUGAAUAGUGUGAGUUCAUGUGGGGGGCUCCACGAUGUAUGUCACAUGAAACAUUUGUGGAUAAGGACUCUUUAGAAGUGCGGGUCUAAAUGUGCAUUAGUCAUGCAAAUACUUUGCUGACAGCAGCUCCAAGCAGAACCAUCUGCUGCCCGUUUGGACGCAGCCAAACAGUUUGUUCAGCAAAUUAAAGGACAAAAGCGGAAGAAGAAGAAGAAGAAGAAGAAAAUGACGACACAAACCACCACGCGACCCCAAGAACAGGCCGGACCAGGCAGCGAUUUGAGAGGGGCUCACUUGCGUCGGAAGUCGAGGUCAACCUUCGGGAUGGAAACUUUCUGUCUAUAUGAGGCAAAAAAGCAUUUGUCUGUACUGUCUUUGCAUUUUGGAUGUUCCAGCUGCGUGUUUGGGGAAAAAAAAAAAAAAAAAAAAAAAAAAAAAGCGCACUCAGACAUCCUUGAUUAGACUGAAAACCACCAGAGGAGUUUGUUCCAAUGUGUUUCCAUUUUUGACAAAUUCUCUGCCCCUUUGUCAUCGUUGACGGCUCCAAAUACAGAAGCGAGGAGCGGUCGGAGGAGUCAUUUCCGCAGGCCCGGACUCACACGAGACCUUUCUUCAAAGAAAAAUGAAUUUGAGUUUGGAGGCCACACCUGCAACAGCUUCCUUCUGAGGUGUUGUCGGGAUCAGUCGGUCAACGAGACUGGAAGAUGUGCCCGGCCGGCUUGAGCUCAAAAGCUGCCAAAAAAAAAAAAAAAGAAAGAAAAAGAAAAAUCCGGACGCGCUCAAGACCACGCCCCGGUGCCACUGGUUCAUCGGAACCAGAUUCUGUCCGGGCUUGAAAAACAACCUCAAUGUUUUUU